CUAAACACCUGUUUUUGUUUGUCCGCCAUUAUCUAUUAAAAUCCCAACUCCGGUUAUCUCUAUUCGUUCCUAAAAUCCGAUCUAAACAAUUGGUGGGUAGUUUUUUUUUUUUUAAUUUUUCAACAAUGGCGCAAGAUCACGACGAGACGGAAAACAAAACCUACGCCGGCGUUGUCGGUGGCGAUGAUGUCGGUGAAAUCGUCAACGGAGGAACGAAGAAUGGUCAUCGUAAACCGGACUAUGUGGAGAAGGAGCAAGACGAUGAGGAUUUGAAGAGUCUCUACUCAUUGAUUUGUCUCACGAUCGGUUCGAUUCUGUUUUCCGAUUCGAAAACCGGCGAUGUGUCGUCUUCCUUUCUAGAACGUGUAAAGAACUCCGUCGCCGAAAAUGGUCCCAAGCUUCGUGAAGCUUCUGUAAGAACAGGACGCGAGAUCCUUCUUUGGACUCGUAAAGGCAGCUCGCUUCGUGCUCUGCUUGUUAUCACUAUGGGAACAAUAGUUCUUCUUACAACAAUGGCAUUGGUUGUGUUCACGCUCUUCUUUGUAGCUGCAACAGCCAAUGCUAUCAUCAUUUCUCUUCUGAUUUCACUUGCUGUUGCUGGUGGCUUCUUGGCACUCUUCUUUCUCUGCUUGACUGGUGUUUACAUCGGAGCCUUAUCCAUUGCUGCAUUCGUCAUCUCUACCGCUACAGUUUCUGCUGUUUUUUCCGUCUUAAUAGCUUCAGGUUGGAUUGGGUUUUUCUAUGCUGUGUGGUUGGGAACACGAGGAAGCCUGCGCUUGGCGAAGCAAUCGGUUUCAGUGGUGGGAUCAGCCAUCUCCGGUAACAGUUUCACUCGUCAUCAACACCAAAACCGGGAGGUAAACAUCGAAUAAUCAUCCAACUGAGAAUCCGCCUCUACUGUGUUUGUAAAUAAACCACGAGUUUUGGUCUGAGUUUGUUAUAAUGGAAUCAUAUCUACUGAGUUUGUUGUGAAGAAGCAGAGAACCAGACGAAUGUUUCAAAAUUUGUGAUCAAUGUCUUCGGAUUUUGGAUUGUGUACGCAUACAUUUGUGUGUUUAUGUACUUAAGAAUGAUCAGUAUACAUAUGAAACCUCAACUCAGAUCUCUUUA